UUCAUUUCCUGGCACAAUUCCCUUUAAGUUCCCUUUAUUUCCUGGUAUAUUUCCUUUUAAUUUCCAUCCAUUUCCUGGUAUAUUUCCCUUUAAGUUCCCUUUAUUUCCUGGUAUAUUUCCUUUUAAUUUCCAUCCAUUUCCUGGUAUAUUUCCCUUUAAGUUCCCUUUAUUUCCUGGUACAUUGCCCCCCAUUUCUGAGAUAUUUCUCUUUAAUUUCCUCCAUAUCUUUUAAUAAUGUUGCAAAUGGCGCCGCUCAAAAAUUCAACAAAGUUGCAACGCUCAAAAGUACAACAAAGUGGCAACUCGGAAGUUCGGCAAAAUGUGACAAAAUGAUUGCUUUUUGUAAUACUACGUUUCAAAUAUUUCCGCGUUCUACGUUGAAUACCUUUGCUUAGACACGACUGGAGAUGGCAACAAACGUUGUGAGAAGAGUAGCGCCUCUAUAAAAAUACUCUAGUUAUUCUACUUGAUGUGCAAUGAUUGAAAAGUGCUAUCUUUUUUAAAGAAUGUUGUGGCUUGAAAUUUCGCAACAGAGAAAUGCUCUUCAACUUCUGUGAUCCCCGUUUACGACCUGAAAUUGAGUGUAGUACUGUCAGCACAGAAGGUCAUGAAGUUUCUAACCUAAUCAGUGAUUCUGAUAAAGGUUUCUUAGCUUAUGCAUGUAUUAAACCACCUGUUAACAUUGACAUUAGCUUCCUCUGCAAUGUAUCAAUCAAUCAUAUUUUGAUUUGGCCACAUGUUGGUUCUCAGAAGUCUUCGGGCUUCCAAUUAUAUGCCAAAACCAGUAAUGACAGCAGCGUACCUUACACUUUAUUGGCUACUGGAUUCUUAGGUCACUCAAAUGCUGGACUGCUAUUUUCUUUUUCGAAUAACAACUAUGAAGCGAUCUCUGUUCCACCAAAUUUUUUAAAACAACAUAUAAAACCAUCUCUGAGAUAUUUAGCAACAUAUUUAAGUAACCUAAGGGUGUGUAUAUGUAAGACAGAGAACUCUGUACCUGCAUUAGGCAAAAUUGAAGUAUGGGGAACUGUAUCACCACGUUGUGGAAAGGAUACAGUGGCCAGUAUUUGUUCUUUAUGGUGUAAACAACAAUCUUUUAAGUCCGAGUUUGCAGAUACACUGCAAUCUUCGGUAGAAAAACCUAAGCAGAUUGAUCAACCUCUUCCUGUUACAAAUAACAAGGAGGUACUGGAAUCAUCUCUACAAAUUCCAGAGUCUUUCUUAGAUGCCAUCACUUGGGAAAUUAUGACACAGCCUAUUCUGUUGCCUAGUGGAAAAAUAAUUGAUCAAAGCACAUUACAAAAACAUGAGGAAUCCGAAGCAUUAUGGGGAAGAAGAUUAUCCGAUCCCUUUACUGGCAUACCAUUCAGUGAAGAUCGUAAACCUAUCAUAGCAGCUGCUCUAAAAAUGAGAAUAGACAAGUUUCUACUUGAAAACAGUAAUGCAGAUGAAAUUAAGAAGCUGCCAAGAGUUUUAGGUCACGCAUUACCUUUGAGCAUGAUAGACAAACAAAUUUCAGAUGCUCCUAAAUAUUUGUUAAAGCAAAAUAGAUUAAAUAAAAAUAUAAGUAAGCCGAUGUUGCACACUUCUGUAACAAGUUUUCAAGAGAAUAAGAAGUUCUGCCACAAACUGCCAGUUAUUUUAAUGCCCCGUAAACGAAAUGCUUCUACUUUAACUCAACCAGUCAAGAAAAAGAGAUCUACUAAUUCUCAUGUAUCAUUGCCCAUAGAAGGAGAAAAUGAAAAAAAAAAUGAUAGCUGUACAGAUGUAGUAAACUUGAAGGUCGAUAACAGCGUGAAGUUCGAUGUUGCCACAGUAGUUCCUCAUUUAAAACGUUUUAACAACAUUCCAGAGAACCAUGACAAAAGUUCUAUGUUGAACACUUGUACUUGUUGUCCUAAUGGAAUUUUUUAUCAACUGCCAUGCAAACAUGUGUUAUGCAGGAAAGCCUUAACAUCUAUUGAAGAUAAACGGUGUUCAUUAUGCAGAGUGUCAUAUAAAAACGGCGAAAUAAAACGUAUUUAUCAAUAAUUUGUAAAUACAAGAUUCUCUUACAUUAAUUAAAUCCUUAUAUUACUUGUGAUUGUUUUACACUAAAUAUUGUAAAUAAAAUGUAAUAAUAAUUUUUAAUAAAUAUAUAAAAUCUUUUACAUUUUAUUGCAAUGCAA